AUGCCUUCACUCGCUGAGGAUGCCUGGGUCAACCAGCAGGCCGUAACCCACGAGCUCUCCGAGAUCGAAGAUUGUGCCAUUGCCGUCGAUGCAACCUACUAUAUCCAGCAUUUCCUCGACUCGUCCCCUUCUCAUGAACCCCUCCUUCCGGCCCUCGGUGGCUUGACUGGCUUCCAGAGCCACAUUGAGAGUGACAUAGACCAAUGGCUGGCCAACAAAGUCACACCUCUGUUUGUGUUUGACGGACAGACCAUGAUCGGCCAGGAUGAGGUCUCGCUCGUGCGCGGUCUUCGCGCCAACGAGCGGACCAACCAGGCUUGGGAGCUGUACCGCACUGGUCAGGCCGAGAGCGCUGUGUCCGCCUUCGGUGCUAACAGUGGCGCAUUUCGGCCUCAGUCUCUCUACCACUUGCUACAAAGCAUCCUCAAGUCGCGCAACCUGCAUUUUCUGGUAGCGCCCUGCAGUGCCGCAGCUCAGGUUGCCUACUUCGAUCUGAUCGACUCGGACCAAUGCGGCGGCAUCAUGGGAUCGCAGGAGCUCCUGCUCUAUCCUAUUGGAGACAGCGUCAUCCGAUCUAUUGACUGGGCCGCCAAGACGGUCACUGCCAUCUCCAAGAAGCAGAUCAUCAAGUCGCUCGGGGUGAGCGAGCCCAUGUUCAUCGACGCCCUCCUCAUGACCGGCACCUCUUUCUUGCCCGUAUUCCCAGCUCUCCAGGACGGCACCGUCAACCCUCGCCAACCGACCGUCAUGGAUGCCAUCAACAUGCUGCGCGCGUCUGAUAAGUCGGUCGCGACUGCGUGUGCUUCUUUCAACGACAUCCUCCAGGCUCAGGACCCCAACUGGCUCGACAAGUAUCGCAAGGCCCGCAUGGCUGUCAAUCAUUUCAUUCAUAUCACUGAGAAAGGAGAGGUCAAGGUCAACGAGCUCGAUAGGCUCACCAAUGACAAUCACGAAUACCUCGGACUCCAGCUCCCACCUGAAUUAUUCCACUACCUCAACACCGGUCUCAUCAGCCCCCGCGUCAUGAGCUGGAUUACACAUUGCAAAAUCCUCGUGCUCCCCACUCUGGAUGGUGUUGCCACCCCCGAGUACAAGCAGCUCAUCUCGAGCCAGCUUGUGCCGGUCAAGGAGAUGACUCUGGGGCUCCUCAUCCCUCGUCUCAACCGCGGUAUCCAGCAUCGCGACGUGACUAUGCGUGUCUGGUACGACGAGAAAUUCACCCACAGCGUCAACCACCGCAACCUCCAGCCCUCGCCUGGACAACGUGCGGCAAGCUGGAAUGUUUCGGACGCAUCUAUCAAGGCCCACGUUCCCUCGUCAGCGUCGGGAUCCAUUGCCGCCGAGGUCGCCGCCCUCAAGAAGCCUGAAUUCGUAAAGUCGACUCUAGCCAAGGGUUCCAAGAGCACCCUGGACUCGGCCGACUCGAUCGUCUCCCUCUCCAUCUGGAGGCUUCUCCACCUACGCGACUACGUCAACGACGAGCACGAGCUGACGGCUUGGGGUCAGGCACUUUCCAAGGCACUGACCGCUAUUGAGCCGACUGUGAAGAAAUAUCCGGAAGUCGCAGGUCUCAACGAGGCCAUUCUUGUUGCAUUCGAGCUGCUUCGCUUCGAUCUGCUCAAUGCCAGGAACAAGCAUGAGGAGCUGUAUGGCAUGCCCAUGAACGGCAGCGAAGAAGACAUUGCCAGUCUGCUGCUACUCAGCCGAUGCGCAUCGCUGCUCAAGCUCAGGCACCAGGCCAACGGCUACACUGGUCCCCUGAGUAAGAAUUACCUGACCUACCGGUCCCUGGUCUCUGCUGUGCGCGAGGCGGACCGCGACCUGACCGAGUCCAUUGUGGCAUCCAUGUUCAUGUAUGGCCAAACCAAGCGCGAGCGUGACGACAACUGGCAGAUCAACGAUCGCCUUCCGUUCCUGAGGGAUCCUGAUGUCGCCCUGAGCAUCGCAGUCAAGACCCUUCUGGAUGAGCUGCCGGUAGACGAAGCCGCCGAGGAGCGUGCCGCGAGGAUCGAGGCCUUCCCUGCCAAGUUUGUCCCAUUUGCCACACACUUUGUCGAGGACUUGACCAUUUGCUACGCCCUCUUCGAUGCCAUCCUCGCUGGUGUCCGCUCGCUCGACGACAAGCUGGUGUCGGCGGCGGACAAGAAGGUUUGGGAGCAGACGAGCAAGUAUCUCCAGGCCAGGAGAUAG